ACGCCGCCAUCUGUGUCGCUGUGUGCGUAGUCAAUUCGCGUGUUUCCCAUGAUGGGCACGUCGGAGUGAGAGUUACGGAUGUGUGAGGAAUGUUUUGUGCUGCUAUUGAUCGGUGUAUCUGUGGUCCGUGGCGUUGAUGAAGGAAGGAAGGAAAACCUGUGUACCGUGCGCCUCCAUUGCUUUUUGACGUUUAUCGUCGCUGGUCGCUGGUGAGCGAUUUCUCGCACUGGUUACUUUGCUCCAGGCUUUGUUUUGUUUUCUUUUUCAUACUUUAAAGUGAAACAAUGAAAAAAGAAGCAAAGAGCGAUAUUUUUGCAGUAGUUUCAUGCUGUACGGCGUGAACAAAGAAAGAACUCGAUGGAAAUGGCUUAACGUUGCGUCUCCGUUGUGGUUCAUUUCUUCCUAUCAUCCAACAUCGACAUAUCACAGGGAGUGGCCAUAAGAAGGCGUUGUGCAUUGUGAGGUGUACGGUGCAAGUUCCAUCUUUUACAUUCGCUUUUGCUCAUGGUGGCAUCCUGCUGCAUGCGUCAUGGGGUUGCCCUAGCGGCCAGUGAUGGGCAACUGUCUAAAGGGAUGCCUCCCGAGGCACAACCAGGGAGGCUGCUGCUCACGCCGAACAGCGAGACUCACCGCGAGCGAUAGCCAGUACGAGAUACUAAUCGAGGGUGCGACGGACCACCACCGUUGCCCGGAGGAACAGGAACACCGUGGAGCAAUACGAAGCAAAGCAACCGGAAAAUCAAAGUUUUUUCAAAAGUUCUGGAUCCGCAACCCGGAUGUCGACUACGCAAGACUGAACAAGGCAAGCAACAGUAACAAUAAUUUUACGAAACGCGCAUCAUCGAGCACCGGAAGGAAUGCUGGCGCUAGUGGCAGAGCUGCAGACGAUGGCAGUGGUAAUUCCAAGCAUAAUCAACAUGCAGCGGCAGCGGUUGGGUUCGACAUACAGCUGCAGUGCCUGGAUGCUCACUCGUUGCUGCUCGUAUCAAAAGAUGGUGCUCGGAAGGCGGUCAACGGACAAGGGUGUUCCAGCGAUCUGCUACAAACGGACCAAACCUCCAGCCCCGGUAGCUCACUCGAUCUCGAGUGGGAAAACGAUUACGGUGGCUAUCCCCAGGCCGGAUGCCAAUGGGCUUUCACUCAACAGCAACAGCAAGAAGAGACACACGGGAUGGCGUCGACGACAGCGGCAAUGGCGCAUCUCGUCAGCUUCCCGGUGGCCGUACAGGAGUCCGUGUUCAAGAUCGAAGAGUGGUCCAUGGUAAAGAAAAGUAAAGAUCGUAUAAACGCACUGCGCCGGUUGGAUCACCCAACGGUCACCCCCAGCCGAGGAGGUGGUGGAGAUGAGGUGGCCGGUUCGCUCGAGUGUCUACGGCGGCCACUAGCGCCAUUCGAGCGUCGCUCAACCCUUAGCCUUACCAGCGUCGAGCGUACCGAGGCGUACGGGGGUUCGUCGGACCUUUCGCACAUAUCAUCGACCCCGGAUGGUUCACUCGAGUGGGACAUCGAUCAGGAUCGGCAGCUGAAGUCGGAGCACGACGGAGAAUCGGAGAUUGACUUCGAGACCAAGGAGCUGUUGCUCGAAAUCGAGCAGCUGAAGAAUCGGGUUCUCAACGAAACCGGCGCUUCGUUGCGGGAUGACCAUGCGAUGAUCAGUUGAUGAGAUGAUCCCCUCCCCAUUUCCUCCGACUCCCUUCCUUCCUUCCCCUUUCGCGACGUGGAAUCGUUCCGAACGUUCCACUUUCCCCCCUUUCCCCUUCUGGGGUAGAGCCUUGUACACCUAGUGACCUAGAGAUAACCAUAUAUUUACUGUGUCCGUUAGUGUGUCUGUGUGUGUCCAUGUACGUAUGUACGUGUGCGCACGUGUGUGUGUGUGUGUAUGUGACGUGUGAGUGUUUCUAUGAGUGUACAGUAGUGCAGCACGCAGCGAGAAGAUCGUGAAAAAGGACGAUGCGUAUCAGAGGUCGAGCACACGAACUAUUUAAGAAACCCCCCGUUUACCGGUGUAUCGAUAUAUAUAGAGUUCUUACCACCUUUGCACCGGUUCUUAUAGACUUGUUGAUCCCCCUCUUUUUCUCUCUCUUUCAAUUAUUCCUUCGAGUUCCAAGAGUGUUUUUUAAAAGAGGUUAACUAGAAGCAGAGACUUGCAAAGAGUUGCGCAAAGGGAUCGAGGCUCGACUUCAGUUCGCUUGCUCGGUUUAUAGCUGCCCUGGCUGUCCCGUUUUGCAAUAGCAUAAUGCUGCAAAAUGGAACGCACUGUAUUAUUGCUUUAUAGAUUUAUAUACACAUAUAUUAUAUACACCAAGUUAUACACGAACGGUAGUGGAUGGAAAUUAUUUUUUUCUAUUUUUUUGUAUUUUUCAUCCAUCAAUUGUUAUGCGACCGAUCGAGCAUUAGGUUGGUGUUGAAGACGAAAAGAGAGAGAGAGGGAUAGGGAAAUUGAACUUAGCGAUAACACAAUACUAGAGUGCCCUUUGCCCUGUUUUCCAAAUAUUCUACCCUUCCCGCUCUCGGCGAAAUAUGGUUACAGUUAUGGAAACGUGUUUCCUUCUAGCGGAACAAUAACAAUCCAGUGAAAAAUGCAUUUGUUUAGCGAAUCCGCGGUGUACGGAGCGCUAGCGAAACUAUUUAGCGAAUAA